GCGAGGGCGCGCGGCGCCGGAGACAUGUCCAGGAGGAAACAGAGCAACCCCCGGCAGAUCAAGCGUUCCCUUGGAGACAUGGAGCUUGCAGAGGAGGCCCAGGCUGCCGGCAGCGGUCCCACAGAGCCGGAGGCCACGGCACCAGAGCCCAAGACCGCCAAGGAGGCCGAGCCCCCAAGCCCCUGCCGAGCCGAGGUGAGUCCUCCCCAAGAGGCGGCACCCCCCACCCCCCCAGGAGGCUCUGAGGAGACGGAGGGACAGGAGCCGGACAGAAGACCCCAGGAGCAGGAGGAAGAGGAGGAGGCGGCCGCAGCCAGUCCCUGGAGUGGGCCAGAGGACCUGGAGCUGGAGCUGCGGGACGGGCGGAGGUGCGUGCGGGCCCGCCUCAGCCUGGCUGAGGGCCUGUCCUGGGGCCCAUUCCAGGGGACCAUCCAGACCAGAGCCACAUCCCCCGGGCAGACAGAAGAGGGCCCAGCCCUGACCCUGAAGCUCACAGAUGAGGCCCGCUGGCUAAGGACGCUGCCCCAGGCCCUGACUGAGGCCGAAGCCAACUCAGAGAUCUACAGGAAGGACGGCGCCCUCUGGUGCCGAGUCACCAAGCCCGUGCCUGCCGGAGGACACCUGCACGUGGCCCUUAUGGCCGAGCCCCUGGGCACCCCCGGCCAGCCCGUGAAGGAGCCAGCAGAGCCAGAGCGCCCGGCCCCAGGGCACGCCGACAUCCAGCUGCUGCCUCAGCAGGCCGGCAUGGCCUCCAUCCUGGCAACGGCAGUCAUCAACAAAGACAUCUUCCCGUGCAAGGACUGCGGGAUCUGGUACCGCAGCGAGCGGAACCUGCAGGCCCACCUGCUCUACUACUGUGCCAGCCGCCAGCGCGCCGCAUCCCCCGCUGCCGCAGCCUCGGAGGAGAAGCCCAAGGAGACCUACCCCAACGAGCGCAUCUGUCCCUUCCCCCAGUGCCGCAAGAGCUGCCCCAGCGCCAGCUCCCUGGAGAUCCACAUGCGCAGCCACAGUGGAGAGCGUCCCUUCGUGUGCCUCAUCUGCCUGUCGGCCUUCACCACCAAGGCCAACUGUGAGCGCCACCUCAAGGUGCACACGGACACACUGAGCGGUGUCUGUCACAACUGUGGCUUCAUCUCCACCACAAGGGACAUCCUCUACAGCCACCUGGUGACCAACCACAUGGUGUGCCAGCCAGGCUCCAAGGGAGAGAUCUACUCGCCAGGAGCAAAACUCCCGGCAGACGGCCUGGCCGGUUUCCAGCAGCCCUCGGCCCUGCAGGGGCCCCUGGUCUCGGCGACCACCCCAUCGCCAGGACCGGACCGAAAGGCCCCGGCCGCGGCCACCAACGGGGAGGCCCCGGCGGCGCCCCAGAACGGGGGCGGCAGCGAGCCCCCGGCGGCCCCCCGCAGCGUCAAGGUGGAAGCGGCGGAGGAGCCCGAGGCGAGCCCCGGGGAGUCCGAGCCGCGGGCGCCCCGCAGGACUCCGUCGCCGCCCAGCCCGCCCGCCGUCCGGGUGAAGGCCGAGCUGCCCAGCCCCACGCCCGGCUCCAGCCCGGGGCCCGGCGAGCUGCGCCCGGCCGGCGCCCUGCUGGUGCCGCCGCUGGUGUGCGCGCCCGAGGCGGGCGCGGCGGCGGGGCCCGCGGCGCCGCAGGCCUCGGAGAUCCUGGCGAAGAUGUCGGAGCUGGUGCACAGCCGGCUGCAGCAGGGCCCGGCCGGGGCGGCGGCGGGCGCCGGGGCGGCGGCGGGCGCCACCUGCUUCGAGUGCGAGAUCACCUUCCACCACGCCAGCAACUUCUACGUGCACAAGCGCCUGUACUGCUCGGGCCGCCGCGCGCCGGGCCCCGACCCGCCGCCGCGCGACGCCGCCGCGCCCGCCGCGCCCGCCGCCGGCGAGGGCGGCCGGAGCCCGGGCGGCUCGGGGGACGACGCGGAGGACGACCCCAGCCGCACGCUGUGCGAGGCCUGCAACAUCCGCUUCAGCCGCCACGAGACCUACACGGUGCACAAGCGCUACUACUGCGCCUCGCGCCACGACCCGCCGCCGCGCCGGCCGCCCGCGCCCGCCGCGCCCGCCGCCGCCGCCGCGCCCGCCGCCGCCGCGCCCCCCGCGCGCACGCGCCGCCGCCGCAAGCUGUACGAGCUGCCCGCGGCCGGCGCCCCGCCCCCCGCGGCCGGCCCCGCCCCUCCCGGCGCGAGCCACGCCCCCGCCGCCGCCGGCCACGCCCCCGCGCCCGAGCCGCCGGGCUCGCCGCGGCCCCCGAGCGGAAGCGGAAGCGCGGGCUCCGCCCCCGCGCUCUCGCCCGACCCCGCCCCCGACGGCCCCAUCGACCUGAGCAAGCGGCCCCGGCGGCGGCCGCCCGAGCCGCCCGCGGCGCUGCCGGGCCUGGCCGACUACCACGAGUGCACCGCGUGCCGCGUGAGCUUCCACAGCCUCGAGGCCUACCUGGCGCACAAGCAGUUCUCGUGCCCGGCCGCGCCGCUGCGCGCCGCCGCGCCCUGCCCCUACUGCCCGCCCAACGGGCGCGCGCGCGCCGACCUGGUGGAGCACCUGCGCCUGGCGCACGGCCUGCGCGGGGCCCGGCCCGCCGCCGCCGCCGCCCCGGGCGCCGAGCCCGCGGCCGAGCGCGCCCCGCGGGACAGCCCCGACGGCCGCGCGCCGCGCUCCCCGUCCCCCGACCCCGCGGACCCCGGCGCGCGCGCGCCCGCCGGCGGCGGCCAUCACCGCUACUGCCGCCUGUGCAACAUCCGGUUCAGCAGCCUGUCCACCUUCAUCGCGCACAAGAAGUACUACUGCUCCUCGCACGCCGCCGAGCACGUCAAGUGAGCGGGGCCCGCGCCGCGCCGCCUCCCGGCCCGCGCCCCACGCGC